AUGAGUUUGAGGUACCGGGACACAGAGAAGGCGAGUGGUCAAUGUUUCCAUGGAGGGGAUCUCAUGAUAAUUGGGUUUAUUCCUGUUCGGAGAACAACAAAAGAAGAUCUUAUUCGAGAAAAAAAAUUAUUAAACAAGAGUAUUCUUGUUCAAGGCAUUCCUAGUGUUCAUCUUGCAGAAUUAGCUCUUUCAUCGAAAUUUAGUCCAUACUAUGGUGUUGAAGGAAGAAAUAGCGUUUAUAAUCCACAAGUCACUAAAGGUCAAAUGUCUCUUUCUCAUGUGUGGGUUCAAAAUGGACCCAACAAUAAAAUCAGUCUUGGAUGGCAAGUAAGUGAAGAUUUGUACGGUGACAAUAAAACUCAUUUAUACGCAUCAUGGACGAGAGACAAUUUUCACAAGACAGGAUGUUACAAUGUUCGAUGUCCAGGUUUCGUUCACACUAAUUCUGAAAUUUAUCUUGGUCAACAUGUCGGAGCUACAUCUUCUUAUGGUGGACCAAUUUUUGAUUUUGACAAUUAUAUUAGCAUGCACGCAGUAACCAAAGACUGGUGGAUUCAAGCAAGUGGUGAAGAUAUCGGAUAUUAUCCUGCAAAGCUAUUUUCUAACUUGACUUUGGCAGAUAAAGUAGGGUGGGGUGGAAGAACAUUGACUCCUCACGGUUCUCACAGCCCUCCAAUGGGAUCUGGACAUUUUCCAGAUAAUGACCUUUAUCAUUCAAGUUACUUCAGAACUAUUUCCUUUGAAAAUGCAAUUAGAAUAAAGAAUGGACCGGAAAUAUAUCAAACAGAAAAGUACGUCGACAAACCUAAUUGUUUUGGCCUUAAGUACUACGGCAAUCUUCAUGGCAUUGCUGGAUAUAUGGUCCAAUUUGGAGGACCUGGUGGCAUGUGUGAUGAUUGA